AUGUCUCCUCCCAAAACAGCAAAGCUUCGCCGCUCGACAUCACUUCUCACGCUGCAGGAGGCCACGACGUCGGACCGCUUCAUCCCGAGCCACAAGAACUCCACCACAAGCAAGCUCACCGCUGCCAGCGAAAGACCGCAUCCCAACGCGUCUCCUCAGACGCACAUCAAGGCGCAGACCAACAAAAUCUACCAGCACCACGUGGCCGAGGCCUGUGGGCUCGACGUCAACUCGCGCAUUCUAUCCUACCGGCCCUUGCCUCCCGAAAGAAGCAAGCCGUUGAACCUAUUCAGCCACAUCACACUGGGUUCUCUCUGUAAGGCCCUGGAACGGACAACGGGCAAGUCACUCCGCCCGUCGUUGGCGUCCGAACGUGCCAAAAAAAUCCCCACGGCCCCUGAUCGCGUGCUCGAUGCACCCAACAUCGUGGACGAUUUCUACUUGAACCUUGUGUCGUGGUCGCUGACCAACUUGAUUGUCAUUGGGCUCGAGGACGCUGUGUAUGUGUGGAAUGCGUCGACCGGAUCGGUGGGCUUGCUCUGCGAGACGCCCGGUAGUUUGAUCACGUCGCUCCGCUGGUCCGGCGACGGCUCCUACAUCUCCAUAGGCAAGGACGACGGGUCCAUCGAGAUCUGGGACAUCGAAACCAAUUCGCGCUUGCGCACACUCGCCUCCAGCUCCACGGGCCGGGUGGCCUCACACUGCUGGCUGCUGCAUCUCUUGACGUCCGGGUCCAAGGAAGGUACCAUAUACCAUAGCGAUGUACGCGUGUCGUCCCAUCUAGUGGGCAAGCGCGAGAACACACACUUGGCCGAAGUGUGCGGCAUCGAGUAUCGAGGCGACGGGCAGCAGUUCUGUAGCGGGGGAAACGACAACGUGGUGGCCAUAUGGGAUGCCCGCAACAUGAGCGGGGACGCGUUGUUCCAGAAAACAAACCACCGAGCUGCCGUGAAAGCCAUGGCCUGGUGUCCAUACCAGAGCCUGCUUCUUGCGACAGGAGGAGGUACAAGCGACAAGUCCAUUCAUUUCUGGAACACCAGCACGGGAGCACGCGUCAACCUGAUCGAAACUGAGUCGCAGAUAUCCUCGCUCAAUUGGGGAUAUGCCAAGGGAACGGGCUACGAAGUGGUUGCGACUCACGGGUAUCCGUCCAACAGCAUCUCCCUUUUCAACUACCCCACUCUUCAGAAGACGGGCGAGGUUUUGCAGGCUCACGACUCGAGAAUCUUGAAUGGGUGCUUAAGCCCGGAUGGCACCACCCUCGCCACAGUCUCGGGCGACGAGAACUUGAAGUUCUGGUCGCUUUUCGAUUUCUACAGACAAGCAAGGCCCGACGCCGAAGAGAGUUUUGCAAGCAACGAUGGCAAGCACAUGGGGAAGCUCAUGAACAUACGCUGA